CGGAUCCUUCAUUAUUCUGUGCACGCAUCAUUCUGCGCACGCCUGGUAGCUAUCCUCAAUGAAAUCAGUCAUAAAAUCACAAGACCGGCAAGCAACAGCGGUAUCUGCCAAUAUUCAGAUGCCAACCGCCAGGUACCGGUAUUGCAAUUCCGUAUGGUACGAUUUGGAACACAAAAGCAAAACAGCACAACCUAAAACUCGUCAUGGCGACGAGCAAUAACUGUUCCAGCUCCGACAGUCCGACCAGCACCAGCAGUAGAGACAGAGCUAGCGUCCAAACCGGAGAAAGGAACCAACGGAACGAACGACAGCAGCGCAACCAACGGCGUUUGCUGCUGCGGUUUGUCCUGGAGCACCGGCACAAAUUCCCCGGCAGGCUGUCUCGGGCAAUCGAACGCGCAAGGUGCACAAGCGCGGGCCGUGCAAACGGCGUCCCUCCGACGACACCGGAGGCACCGCUCGUGCCGUCCCCCGGCACGACCAGCGACAGCGACAGCGAUUUUCUCUCGCGGAUCCGGCGCGACUUCGAGGAGUGGCUCUUUUCCGAACCAUCGAAAUCCAACUAUAGACCCCCCGCCCAGAGAAACAGCAGCAGGGUUGGCGAAGAGCAGCGCCAGGCCUCGCGGUUGGAGUUGCGGUCGAAUGCGAAUGCGAAUGCGGAUGAGAACGACAGCGAGAGCGAGACCGCAACGGCGAGUGAUAUCGCCGUUUCGGGCCUCGACGACCGCGUGGAUACCCAGGAUCAAGUGGAGUUGGCCUUGCGGUGUUUCCCCGAGGUGUUGACGGCGAGGCGAUUCGGCCUGUAUCCUAUCUUCUGGUUGGCGAAAUCCAUUCACUCGGUGUCCUUCAUACCUUUGUUUGCCAAGAUUGGAAACGAAUCGGGGCUCUUUCAGGACUUUGAGAGGGGUGGUCUGGUGUUCGGGGGUUGUGGCAAGUACAUCAAUGUGUUUUCACAGCUCGCCGCAGGUGUUGCCGACGCCGGUCACCGGAACAAUGCAAGCAACAACGACCACGACCAGGCCUACCACCGGCUCGUGGACGAAAAAUUUCUCGCAAGCAUCAAAGACCUCCGCGAGAGCCGGCUCAUGGAGAAGAAGGAUAUUGCCAACCACGAUCUCCUCGGGGCACUCCACCGGCAGUCGAUAUUUCCGGAGCAACGCUUCCGGUACCUCGUCGAUUGGGACCCCCGCAACACGCUCCUGAAAAAGAAAGCGUACGGGACGACGUUGUCGUGGGACCUGGUGUCUCGCUACAUCAUCAACAACAUUGGCGAAAACCAUCUCGUGACCGGGCAUUCCCACCACACCGUCCACAACCAAAGCAAUCACAACCGUAACAGCAAAAACAGCCACAACCACAACAAAAGCAACCACAAUGGUCCACAGCAGUGUGCCACCGCCGGGGUAGAGAUGCUCUUCGAACUAGCCCUGAAAUAUUUUCCGAUCGAAACGGGUUUUUUGUUUCACAAGUGCGAUGUCAGACGACGAAAGCGUCACACACGGGGGGUCACAGACUACUAUUUCUUAUACUGCGACGACGCCACUCUCAAGAGACGAUGCUGCCGAAAACACACACUGGGCAGCAGCAGGAGGUCCUUGUCGCCGUCUUCGUCGUCGCCACAACCGGGCGUUGCGCGAGAGAAUCACGAACACGGAUUCUUCGAGCAGCGAUCUGCGUCGUCGUCGUUGCCAACAACCAACACGGCGACCACAAAAGGCACGACAAAAACAAGAGCGACAGUGACCAAAACAAUGACGCCAUACCGGAUUGCCUGCGAGAUAUACGGGAUCGAAUGCGCCAACAAGAUACUAGAAACCGCCCUCGCGGGUGUCAUCGACGGCACUAGCAAUGUGGCGUCGUCGUCCACCGCGAACAGCAGCAGCAACGAUGACGACGUCAUGGCCAUGGCCUUGAUCAACGCCGCUAGCGAUCCAAACGUGGAUCUGGACUGCGUCUACAUUCUUCUCCAACGCGACCCGGGGCUUUGCAAACCAAACGGAAAGAGAAACUAACGACAAUCAUGCCAUACUAGAAACGACGCACAAGCUUAUGCGGGGUAGUUUACAAAG